AUGCCGCACAAGGAGGGGCGAUCAUGGGGGAGCUUGGAGCUGGGGGAGAAGCUUCAGGGUGGGGAGAAGCCCCACAAGUGCUUGGAAUGUGGGAAGGGCUUCAGCCGGAGCUCCAGCCUUAGGGAACACCAGAGGAUCCACACUGGGGAAAAGCCCUACAAGUGUGGGGAGUGUGGGAAGAGCUUCAGGUGGAGCUCCAGCCUGAUCCAGCACCAGAGGAUCCACAAUGGGGAGAGGCCCUACGAGUGUGGGGAAUGUGGGAAGGGCUUCACCAACAGUUCCUGCCUGAUCCGGCACCAGGUGGUCCACACUGGGGAACGGCCCUAUGAGUGCUUGGAUUGUUGGAAGAGCUUCGGACAGAGCUCUGAACUGAGGGGACACCAGCGCACCCACACCAGGGAGAGGCCCUACGAGUGUUCUGAGUGUGGGAAGAGGUUUCAGAGGAGCUCCCAGCUCCUUGUACAUCAGCGCAUUCACACGGAUGAGAGGCCCUUCCGCUGCCCCAAUUGUGGGAAGGGCUUCAAACACAACUCCAUCCUCGCCAGGCACCAGCGCAUUCACACCGGGGAGAGGCCCUACGAGUGUCCCCAGUGUGGGAAGAGCUUUUCACAGAGCUCUCACUUGACCCAACACCAACGGAGGCACCGUGGGGAGAAGCCCCACAAGUGCUUGGAAUGUGGGAAGGGCUUCAGGUGGAACUUUGGGCUGAGGGCACACCAGAGGAUCCACACUGGGGAAAAGCCCCAUGAAUGUGGGGAAUGUGGGAUGGGCUUCAGAGACAGCUCCCAGCUCAGGGAACACCAGAGGAUCCACACUGGGGAAAAGCCCUUUGAGUGUGGGAAAUGUGGGAAGAGCUUCAGGCAGAGAUCCCACCUGAUUCAACACCAGGUGAUCCACACCGGGGAACGGCCACAUGAGUGUGGGGAAUGUGGGAAGAGCUUCGGCCGGAGCUACAGCCUGAUUCAACAUCAGAUGAUCCACACCAGGGAGAGGCCCUACGAGUGUUCUGAGUGUGGGAAGAGGUUUAAGAUCAGCUCCGAUCUCCUCAGACAUCAGCGCAUUCACACGGAUGAGAGGCCCUUCCGCUGCCCCGACUGCGGGAAGGGCUUCAAACGCAUCUGCAACCUCAUCAGGCACCAGCGCAUCCACACCGGGGAGAGGCCCUACGAGUGUCCCCAGUGUGGGAAGAGCUUCUCACAGAGCUCUCACUUGACCCAACAC